AUACACAUUUAUAUUCCUAUAAAUUAUAUCCUUUUCUCUCUCUCUCUCUUUCUCUCUUCUUCUUCUUCCUUUUCUUCUUCUUCCUUUUCUUCUUUUACUUACUUUAAUUCAAAUGACAUUUAUUCCUACUAAAACAAAAAUAAUGUCGAUAGAAACUACUUCGUCUCCUUUUAUUCAUCGAUUUUAUACUAAUAAAAAAGAAGAAAGUUUGACAGACGAUAAAAAAUUUUCUAUUUCUUCUACUCCUCCUUAUUCUUCUUCUUUAGUAGUUGAUUUAGCACCUAUUUUAAAUAUCUGUGAUUUAACUGACAACAGACCUCUUUCACCUGAUUCACCUGAAAUAAAAACAUUACUUAUUCCCUCAGACAAACAUAGUGAUAAACUAUCUUGUCCACCACCUUUCUUGGAACCUACUCCAUUUAUGGAACCUCUUAAUCAAAAAGUUUAUUUUCCUUUGGAUUUAUUUAAAGUCACAAAAUUACCGUCAUCUAUCAAUAAUAGAAUAAUAAAAAGUCCUAUAUCUACUCAUCAACGUUCACGUCAAAACCCUUUUAAAAAUAAUAAAAUACCUUUCACUUAUACCAAUGAUACAUCAAAAUCAUCUAUCAUACCUAUGUCACCUAUCAUGGCUGCUGCUUCUGCUUCUGCUGCAGCCGCUGCUGACUAUAGACACCCUGGUUCUCAAGUAGCUAAAGCUCUUUUACAGUCUAUUCGUGGUAGUACCAGUCAUCAUAAGAGAUUAUUAGAUAUCAAUCUACAAAAUAAUCUUUUAUUGGUAGACAUGGAUAAAGAGGAUAGACAAGAAUCAAAUAUGCCAAAUAAAAAGAAAAAAAAACUAUCUUCUUCUUCUUCUGCUUCUCCUUCUGAUAAUAAUGUCGAUCAGAGUAUGUUUUUAACAAAGAAUGCACAUAUUAAAAGACCUCGUAACGCAUGGAUUCAUUUUCGUUGUCAUUAUGGUCAAGCAUUAAAAUCUCAAGAUCCAACACUUCGUGCUGAAGAAAUUUCAAAACGAGCUUCUCGUAGAUGGGGUAAACUUUCUGAAAAUGAAAAGAAACCCUGGCAUGGACUGGCUGAACAAGAAAAAUUAGCUCAUCGAGUUGCAUUUCCUGAAUAUCGUUAUUGUCCUCGUCGAGCUACUAACACACCUUCUUCCUCGCCUCCUAAUCAUAGACAAACAAAUGAAAUUAUUGACACAUCAAUUAAUGUAUUUUCUCGUACACAGCAACAAAAAAGAGUAAAACAUAUCUCAAAGCAAUAAUGUUUUAUUAUAUUUGCAUAAGAAAAAAGUAUAUAAAUAUCUGUUCACUCACUCAAUCAAUCAAUCACUCAAUCACUCACUCACUCUCAUAAAAAAAAUUCUUUUUUUUAUCAAAGCAUUUUAAAAAAUCAAAUUACAAAAAAUUGUUCAAUUUCAUAUCAUAGCAUUUCCCCCCCUUUUUUUUCCUUCCCCACCCCCUUUUUUUUAAAUUACAAAUAACAAAAGAAAACAAUGAAUUUCACUUUUGUUUGUCUGUGUCUUUGUUAUUGAAGCACUAGUGUAUAUUUUUUAACAAUAAUAAAAAAGAAUGGUCAUGUG